AUGGACGCAACGGUCAAAAAAGCUUUAGACAAGGAUCCAGGACCAAAUGCUACUCCUAGUCAGAAACAGCACUACGAUACUUACAUUGACGAAGUAACAAAUAACAUGGGAGAAAUAUCAAAAUGGAUAGGUUGGUUAUUUGAAAAAGUCUGGGAAGCUAUUAAAAAAGUUAUCGACUGGUUUCGUAGGCUUGCACGGGGUGUAGUCAAUUUUGCAAAUGAAGUUUUCGAUGGUAUUAAAAGUUGGUGGUCUAGUUUGUGGUAA